AUGCUUACCGGGCCUAAACUUCAACAAGAUGUCCUGGAGAUACUUCUCCAAUUUAGACAGAGACCUGUUGUCCUAGUAGCGGACAUCAAGGAAAUGUUUUCUCAGGUUGUCCUCACUGAGAAAGACUGCAAGUAUCACAGACUGUUAUGGAGAGAUCUCGAUCCCACAAAGCCUGUGGAUGUCUAUGAAGAAGUCCAUUUAACCUUUGGAGACAGAGCAUCCCCUUAUCUCACCCAGUUCGUACUUCACAGUCACGCCUUAGACUUUAAAGAGAAUUACCCAGCAACAGCUAUGGUCCUGCUCCGAGAUAUGUACGUGGAUGAUAUCCUUCAUUCAGAAGAAACUGUAGAAAAGACGCCGUUCUCGUCCAUGAAGAUUUGA